AAAUGCGUUAAUCCACGUACAACAAACAACGUUUGUGCAACCCCAAUAAUGAAUUGAAUAUUUCUUAAUCAUCAUUUUGGUGCAGUAUUAAUUAAAAACACAGAGAUCAUCAGAAACAAUACUUUCCUUGUGGGCUUUGAGGAAAAUCGACUUUUAUAAAACAAGAUGUAUUUGCAAAUAUUUUGUCUUCAAUUCGGUCCUGGUGUUUGCACGAGGGUCACAUUGACCUGCCCACUACAGUCCCGUCCACGGUGCUUUUAAAUAUUCCAUGAACGGGGAGUGCCCAGCUUCUACCCAUCAUUAUAAUUUAUGCUUAUGCAGCGCCGAUUCUCUCCAUCAGGCGCAACAAAGAGCACCGCAGGAUGGGAGAAACCAACAGAGGUGUGCAGAAGUUUUUCCUCCACAAUUAACUAAUCCAAUCCCAGCCUGAGUAUUUUUUUAUCGACAUCAAGUGUCCGGUGUGUUUUUAUUUAUUUUAUUUAUUUAUUUUUUACCUGCUGCGUGGAAGUGUCCUGCCCCACACCCCGACUCUCUCCCGCUCUAAUAUCUGCAGUGCAUGCAGUUCUGUGCGCAAACGUCUACGCACCAUUCAAGGCUCCAUGCACAAGACAAAGGAGAAAACAGUUGUUACUCUGUGGUUUGAACACAGACCCCUGUGUUGAGGAUCCAAAACUCGAUUAAAAACCAAAAAAAAAUAUACGAUCUACUCGUUUGUAAGGUCCGGGUAGCGCAAAGAAAUCGCGGUGAUCGGGGCGCACAGGUGGGUGCGCUCUCUCCACCGUGCCAACGGAUGCGUCUGCGCAGCUGCACCGCUCACACACCCUGGCACUUUGGACGCCACAACUGGACCUCUGUAAAUCCGCGCAUCGGCUGAAAUCGAAGCUCGACUUUGCAGUGACCCACAGUUGUGAUGGAGAUGGAUAUGCGUGCACGGUAGUCUGGAGAGGAGAGGAGAGGAGAGGGGAGAAGAAGAGGAGGAGGAGAGGAGGGUCCAUGGGCGGGGCUGAGGCGCCUCUCAUUCCCCCUCCACGCUUAGCGGGGCAGCAGGGCUGGAGAGACCUCCGGGGAGCACAGUCGCCAGUCCAGCACGGAGACCCGCCUGGCCAAAAAAACGCGCCGCACACUUGCCAGGAUUGCCAAAUAUUCCUGAAAAAUAUACCUGCUAUUUAUGGCAUGUGGCUUGUACUUUUACUCCUGCUGUACUCUCUCCAAGAAGUACACAGUGAGGAUGUGGGCUCUACCAGGCUGUACUUUGUGAACGCCUCCCUGCAGAGGGUAACCUACUCCAGCUCGGUGGGGGUGUCCCUGCCCUGUCCAGCAGGGGGCACCCCCAGUGCCAUCCUGCGCUGGUACCUGGCCACCGGCGACGACAUCUACGACGUGCCCCACAUCCGCCACGUGCACGCCAAUGGCACUCUGCAGCUCUACUCCUUCUCGCCCUCCGCCUACAACAGCUACAUCCAUGACAACGACUACUUCUGCACCGCCGAGAACCAGGCCGGCAAAAUCCGUAGCCCCAACAUCCGCAUCAAAGCUGUUUUCAGGGAGCCCUACACUGUACGAGUGGCGGACCAGCGCUCGAUGCGGGGAAACGUAGCUGUGUUUAAGUGCCUCAUCCCCGCUGCUGGGCAGGAGUAUGUCAGCGGCGUGGCCUGGGGGGGAGGUGGCCGACAGCAGGACACAGGUCUGUGGGGAAUGUGGUUCAUAUGUCCACAAGGUGCUGUGAUCAUACCCUUACACAUGCAGCCAUAUGGCAGCAACGUUAGCCGCAGCUAA